GGUGGGCAGAGCCCUGCGCCGCGCCGAGCAUGCGAGAGCCGGCGGGGCGGGCUGCGGCGGGGCGGCGAGCCGGGCCCGCGGCGGCGGAGCUAUGCUGCUGGCCUCGGCCGUGGUGGUGUGGGAAUGGCUGAACGAGCACGGGCGAUGGCGGCCCUACAGCCCGGCCGUCAGCCACCACAUCGAGGCGGUGGCCCGCGCCGGGCCGCGGGCGGGCGGCAGCGUGGUGCUGGGCCAGGCCGACAGCCGCCUGGCGCCCUACAUUAUCGACCUGCAGUCCAUGCACCAGUUCCGCCAGGACACCGGCACGAUCCGCCCUGUCCGGCGCAGCUACUACGACCCGUCGUCGGCGCCAGGCAAGGGAGUCGUCUGGGAGUGGGAGAAUGACAGCGGGACGUGGACGCCCUACGACAUGGACGUGGGCAUCACCAUCCAGCGCGCCUACGAGAAGCAGCACCCCUGGGUGGACCUGAGCGCCAUCGGCUUCUGCUAUGUUAUCGACUUCGCGACCAUGGGCCAGAUCAACCGGCAGACUCAGCGCAAGCGCCGCGUCCGCCGCCGGCUUGACAUGGUCUACCCGCUGGUCUCGGGCACCCUGCCCAAGUCCCAGUCCUGGCCAGCCAGCCCCGGGGCAGCGGCAGCCCCACCGGUCCCUGCCUGCACCUGUCCCCAGUGCCUCCUGGUCAUGAGUGUCAAAGCCACCGUGUCGGCCGCCGGCCCUGGCACCGCCACCCUGCAGCCCCGCAAAGCCCCUGCCCCGCCACCAGCCACCCCCAAAGCCCCGGCGCCCGCCCUGGGGGCCAAGGCACCCAAUGGUGUGGCUGUGGUGCGUGGCUCGCUGAAGCCGCUGGCGGCCCAGGGCGGGCGGCGGCAGGCAGCCAGCACGCCCGCCCUCAGCUCGGCCAGCAACACCGGCAGCCCCUCUGGUGCCGGCAGCGGCAAAGCAGCCCGUCCUGGCCUCGGCACCCUGAACCGCAGCCACCUCCAGCGCCUGGCCAUCGCCCAGUCCCGGGUGCUCAUCGCCUCUGGGGUCCCCACUGUCCCUGUGAAGAACCUCACUGGCUCCAGCCCCGUCAACCCAGCGCUGGCAGGGAUCACAGGGAUCCUGAUGAGCGCAGCCGGGCUGCCCGUGUGCCUGACACGACCCCCCAAGCUGGUUCUGCACCCCCCGCCUGUCAGCAAGAGCGAGAUCCAGUCCAUUCCCGGUAUCUCCCACACCUGCCGCAAGACCACCAAGAAACAGGCCAAGAAGGGUAAAACCCCGGAGGAGGUACUGAAAAAAUACCUGCAGAAGGUGCGGCACCCGCCGGACGAGGACUGCACCAUCUGCAUGGAGCGUCUCUCUGCCCCCUCUGGCUACAAGGGGCCCCAGCCAGCCAUCAAGCCUGACCUCGUGGGGAAGCUGGUCAAGUGCAGCCACGUCUUCCACCUGCACUGUCUGGUUGCCAUGUACAACAACGGCAACAAGGACGGGAGUCUGCAGUGUCCCACCUGCAAAACCAUCUAUGGGGUGAAGACGGGGACGCAGCCCCCAGGGAAGAUGGAGUAUCACAUCAUCCCUCAUGCGCUGCCCGGCCACUCUGACUGCAAAACCAUCCGCAUCAUCUACAACAUCCCCCCGGGGGUGCAGGGACCGGAGCACCCAAACCCUGGGAAGAGCUUCACGGCCCGUGGCUUCCCCCGGCACUGCUACCUGCCAGACAGUGAGAAGGGCAGGAAGGUCCUGAGGUUGCUGCUGGUAGCCUGGGACCGGCGCCUGAUCUUCGCCAUUGGGACCUCCAGCACCACGGGCGAGUCGGACACAGUGAUCUGGAACGAGAUCCACCACAAGACAGAGUUCGGCUCCAACCUCACUGGCCACGGCUACCCUGACAUCAACUACCUGGACAAUGUCCUGGCUGAGCUCGCAGCCCAGGGCAUCACGGAGGAGAGCCUGGCACAGGAGAAGGACUGAGACCGUGGCAAGGAAGCACGGAAAGGGUUGCCCGUGCUGGCACCCACCAGGAUAAAGCUGCUGGAGAAACCCGCUGGGGGGCUUUUCAGGGUGCACCUGGAGCCCCCCUGCUCCCAGUGGCACCCAUGCAGUGGGAACAUCUCCAGGCUGGCCGGGAAUGCGGGAGAAGGUCCUUUCGGCCGUCCCCUUCACUCCUUCGGGGCGGGAACCUCCCCACACACAGCUGUGGGGCUUCAGGCUGGCGUGGCCACCCCUCUGGAUGGUGUGCUAUCCUCGCUGCCACUGUGCUGAGGGCUUGAGGGGUUCCAGGCUCCCCUCUCUCCUCAUCCACACCGGUCCCAGCCUGACCCAACUCCCCUGAGACCUACCUGGGGCUGGGACUUGUCCUGGGAUGGGAGCUGAAGCCAUGGGAGUCCCCCUUGCUCUGCCUCGUCCCACUGACGUUUGUUUGUUUGUCCGUUCUGUCCGGUACCUUCCCACUGGUCUCCUGUAUCCAUGGAGGUCGGGGGGCCCUGGGCUGCCCCCCAGCCCUGUGCCCUCUGCUCGUCUUGGCUGUGUCUGAACUGUGCCCUACAGGGUCCCCUUGUCUGGGCUGCCCCUGCCUCUGCAUGCCAGGGAGGGACUGGUGGGUGCUAGGAAGUGGAGAGGGGGGACAGUGAUGGACGUUUUGUGGCCUGUGUCCCACCCUCACCGCAGUGGGUUCCUUGAACUGUUUGUAUGGGGGUGUCCCCACGUUGAAUUUCUAUAAUACCUCGUAUUUUGGGGUUUUGUCGUAUAUAUGUACAUAUAGGGGGGGCGUUUGGGGAGGCAGCCUGAGGCCUGGGAGAACGUGGGGCUGCAGCCAGACUGGGGCUGGGCACGGUGGUGCUUGGGGAUGAGAUGGGCUGUGGGGACCCCCCACCCCAUCAGGGCUCUGCCCCACAGGAGGGCUGUCACCUGUGGGUCCCCAUGGGGCCAAGGCACAGGUGGGGCUGAGAACUGUUCCCCUUGCUACCCCCAGAGAGGCCUUGGAGGGGCUGGCGUGGGCUGGGGCAUGGGUAGGAGAGUGUGGGUGAUGGGGGGGUGGGGGAGUGUGUUCUGUGGCAUUCUUGGGCUCCCUGGGCCUUUGAGUGCCCGGGCAAGUGGAAUGUGUCCCUGCCCAGGGGGUUUGGAACGAGAUGGUCCAUGAGGUCCCUUCCAGCUCAAACCAGUGUGGGAUUCAUGGGGCCCCUCACGCCUGUGCCAGGGUGCUGGCGAGGUCCCCACGGUUUUGAGGGCUGUCCCCACUGCUGGGGUCUGGCUGCCCACGAUACCCCCGAGGUUGGAGAGCAAGGGUGGGGGACAGCACCCACCAGUGCCCAGGCCACUCCCCAGCCCUGUGCUGUUGCUCCCUGGGGGAAGGUGGGACCUCCCAGCCAGUUUUGUUGCAUUCCCCUCCUGGUUUGCCUGGGGAGGGUCACCUCACUCUCUGUGCUGGGGACGGUGGCGCGGGAGGGGGCCCGUCCUUCUGUGCAUCGUUCUGUUGUCGUUGCUGUUUUUCCUCUCCGUGGUCUGGGGGGGGUCUGUCACCCCCACUGGCCACCCCGUGGAGGGCAGUGGGGAGUCAAUAAAGCGAAUGGCAAGGGACCCUCAUGGUCCCUGCACGGC